GCAGGAAGUCAGGGUGGGACGUGGGCGCGCUAAGACAGGCGGUGGCUACCUCGGCAAGGGGAGCUGAAACUGUGUGUGAGCUACCAGGCUAGGCCAGGAGGACCAUGUGAAUGGGGCUGGAGGGCUCCUGGGCUGGGCAGGGACCAUGGGCUGUAGCUGCAGCUCAAACCCUGAAGAUGACUGGAUGGAAAACAUCGAUGUGUGCGAGAACUGCCAUUACCCGAUAAUCCCACUGGAUGGCAAGGCCACGCUGCCCAUGCGGAAUGGCUCUGAUGUGAGGGAUCCACUAGUUACCUACGAAGGCUCCAAUCCCCCAGCCUCACCAUUGCAAGACAACCUGGUUAUCGCUCUGCACAGCUACGAGCCCUCUCACGAUGGAGACCUGGGCUUCGAGAAGGGUGAACAGCUCCGUAUCCUGGAGCAGAGCGGCGAGUGGUGGAAGGCGCAGUCCCUGACCACAGGCCAGGAAGGUUUCAUCCCCUUCAACUUCGUGGCCAAAGCGAACAGCCUGGAGCCCGAACCCUGGUUCUUCAAGAACCUGAGCCGCAAGGACGCGGAACGGCAGCUCCUGGCGCCCGGGAACACGCACGGCUCCUUUCUGAUCCGGGAGAGCGAGAGCACCGCGGGAUCGUUUUCACUGUCCGUGCGGGACUUCGACCAGAACCAGGGAGAGGUGGUGAAACAUUACAAGAUCCGUAACCUGGACAAAGGCGGCUUCUACAUCUCCCCCCGCAUCACUUUUCCUGGCCUGCACGAGCUGGUCCGCCAUUACACCAAUGCUUCGGACGGGCUGUGCACGCGGUUGAGUCGCCCCUGCCAGACCCAGAAGCCCCAGAAGCCUUGGUGGGAGGACGAGUGGGAGGUUCCCAGGGAGACGCUGAAGCUGGUGGAGCGGCUGGGGGCUGGCCAGUUCGGGGAGGUGUGGAUGGGGUACUACAACGGGCACACAAAGGUGGCAGUGAAGAGCCUGAAGCAGGGCAGCAUGUCCCCCGACGCCUUCCUGGCCGAGGCCAACCUCAUGAAGCAGCUACAACACCAGAGGCUGGUCCGGCUCUACGCGGUGGUCACCCAGGAGCCCAUCUACAUCAUCACGGAAUACAUGGAGAAUGGGAGCCUGGUGGAUUUCCUCAAGACCCCUCCAGGCAUCAAGUUGACCAUCAACAAACUCUUGGACAUGGCAGCCCAAAUUGCAGAGGGCAUGGCAUUCAUUGAAGAACGGAAUUACAUCCACCGUGACCUGAGGGCUGCCAACAUCCUGGUGUCGGACACCCUGAGCUGCAAGAUUGCAGACUUUGGCCUAGCGCGCCUCAUUGAGGACAAUGAGUACACAGCCAGGGAGGGGGCCAAGUUUCCCAUUAAGUGGACAGCACCAGAAGCCAUUAACUACGGGACAUUCACCAUCAAGUCGGACGUGUGGUCUUUUGGGAUCCUACUGACGGAGAUUGUCACCCAUGGCCGCAUCCCUUACCCAGGGAUGACCAAUCCUGAGGUGAUUCAGAACCUGGAGCGAGGCUACCGCAUGGUGCGACCUGACAACUGCCCAGAGGAGCUAUACCACCUCAUGAUGCUGUGCUGGAAGGAGCGGCCAGAGGAACGGCCCACCUUUGACUACCUGCGCAGUGUGCUGGAGGACUUCUUCACGGCCACAGAGGGCCAGUACCAGCCCCAGCCCUGAGAGGCCUAGCUGGCCGGGGCCUGGAGCCCUACCUCCAUCUAGUCAACCUGGCUGGGGGAGAUGCAGUUCUUGUGUCUUACCCAUGUGGCCUAUGCACAUAUGGACUCUGCAUGUGAAUCCCAUCCCCCGUGUGGCACAUAUACUUCUUGUGUCUUAUACACGGGUUCUGUAGUUGUGUGGGCUCUGCACAUGUGUCUUGUACAUGUGUGGCAUGUGCAUAUAUGACUUGGACACCCAUUCAAGUUGUCCCUUUGUGGGUCCUUCUACCUCCCAAGACCACCGGAGAGAAGGGAGACGCCUGUGAUUGAUACCAGCUUCUGCCCACCCCCCUUUCCUUUCCCCUAGCCAUCAAGAAACUCCUUGAAGGCUGGGACCUUAUCUAAUACCUCUGUGUGCUCCUCCUUGGUGCCUGGCACACAUUAGGAGCUCAAUAAAUGACUCUCUGUUGACGAAGACUGUACAUCUCUCAGCUCCCUACUCCCAUCUCCUCUUCCUUGGGCGGGAGGAGUGGGGGUUCAAAAGAUGGAAAGUAAGUCACCCUGAAUUGGGGUGAAAGAUGGGAUGAGGGGAUGUCUGAACUUUUUUCAGCCCUGCUGAUUUGGGGGGGCCAAGAGGAAGUUCUUACACUUUGCUGUAUGGGCUUUGUGAACUCCUUCAACCCCACCCCUACCCCAAAGGAUUAAGUGUGAACCCCUGCGCAGAACCUCCUAGGGAGUGGGUGUGUCCCAGGACCCUCCCCUUCCAUUAUGUAAGGGCAAUAGCUUUUUUUACAAUUACUGAUUCUGGGGCUAGAUUUGUACUCAAAUAUGUUUUGGUUCACGUUCAAGAUGUUUUUGAACACUGAAUUAAUUUACUCAUUUGGCAAAUAUUUAUUGGACAUCUACUGUGUACCAGGCAUGGUUCUGGGUCCAUAGAAUAUACAAUAGAUUAAACAAAAUCUCUGUCCUUAUGGAGCUUACAUUCUAGUAAGGGAAGACAGACAAUAAACAUCACCAAGAGUAAAUGAUACGGUAUGGUGCUGAGUGCUAAGGGGAAAAUAAAACAGGGUAAGGGAAAUUAGGAAUGUCAUCGCUGGGGGAGGUUUUCAAUUUUAAACAGGGUGGUCUGGGAAGGCCUCAUUGAGAAGGUGACUUUUGAGCAAAUAUUUGAAGGAAAUGAGGGAGCAAGCCACAAGGUAUGGGGCAGGAGCAGAGGGGGAUGAG